CGCAGCUCCUCGGGUCAUGGAGAGCGCAGGCGCCCGCGAGGCCCGGGGGGCCGAGGUCCCGCGCCAGCCCGCGCCCCCGCCCUCCCCCGCCGAGCCCCGGGCUGCGCCCCCCGCCCCGCCCGCGCCCCGAGUCCGUCCGCGCCUCGUAUUCCGCACGCAGCUCGCACACGGGAGCCCCACGGGCAAGAUCGAGGGUUUCACCAACGUCCGCGAGCUCUACGCCAAGAUCGCCGAGGCCUUCGGGAUCGCUCCCACCGAGAUCUUAUUCUGCACCCUAAACAGUCACAAAGUGGACAUGCAGAAACUCCUGGGAGGCCAGAUAGGGUUGGAGGACUUUAUCUUUGCCCACGUGCGCGGCGAGACCAAGGAGGUGGAGGUCACUAAGACAGAGGACGCUCUGGGACUGACCAUCACAGACAACGGGGCUGGCUACGCCUUCAUCAAGAGGAUCAAGGAGGGCAGCAUCAUUAACAGAAUCGAAGCCGUGUGCGUGGGUGACAGCAUCGAAGCCAUCAACGACCACUCGAUCGUGGGCUGCCGCCACUACGAGGUGGCCAAGAUGCUCCGGGAGCUGCCCAAGGCCCAGCCCUUCACCCUGCGCCUGGUGCAGCCCAAGAGAGCCUUCGACAUGAUUGGCCAGAGGAGCCGGAGCAGCAAAGGUCCCGUGGACACAAAAGUGACCAGUGGGAGGGAGACCCUGCGGCUUCGUCCUGGAGGGGCUGCCACGGUGGAGGAAGUGCCCAGUGAAUUUGAAGAGGAGGCAUCCAGGAGGGUGGACGACUUGCUGGAGAGUUACAUGGGCAUUCGGGACCCAGAGCUGGCGUCCACCAUGGUGGAGACGUCCAAGAAGACGGUCAGCGUCCAGGAGUUUGCGCAUCACUUAGACUCCGUCUUGGGCGAGUUUGCCUUCCCGGACGAGUUUGUGGUGGAAGUGUGGGCCGCCAUCGGCGAGGCCAGGGAGGCCUGUGGCUAGUCUGCCCCGGAGCUGAACGCAGCCCCAGCCCAGAGCCCAGCCCUCUGCCCCAGCCCU